AUGCAUGUGCUUCGCUUGGCACAUCGCGCUGGUGCUUGCUCAGCGCGCGUGUUCUCAGGGGUGGCGGCUUUUUCGACGGCACGCCACCGGUCACCACGAUGGAAGCGUUACCAUCUAGUUGCUUCUGGACAGGGUUGCUCAGCAACCAGUGAAACGGAUGACGGGUACAAAGUUCGGUCUGACACUCCGACUUCGGCAGGAGGCACGGGCACGGCUCCACAGCCAGUGCAGCUCUUACUCGCCGCAUUGGUGGGUUGCGAGCAGGCGACUGCCCACUUUAUCGCCACGAAGCUUCGGCUGCCCCCAAUACGACGGAUUGAGUUCGACAUCCACGCAGAACGAGAUGAAUGGGGCAGCCUUGCACCUCCUGUCAAGGAGCCGCCCCCCGCUUUGAGUCGACUCCAAAGGAUAACCGGCAAAGCCGUCGUCUUCACAGACGCCUCUGAGCCGGAGGUCCAGGCCAUCGCGGCCGGCGUGAAAUUGCGGUGUCCGGUUGCCAGCAUGAUCAUCGAGUCGGGAUGCGAGUUGGAUGUCCGUUGGGUGAAGGCCGAGGAGUGA